AGUCAAGACCAACACAGAACAGAGUCAAGACCAACACAGAGUCAAGACUAACACAGAGCCAAGACCAACACAGAGUCAAGACCAACACAGAGUCAAGACCAACACAGGUCAAGACCAACACAGAGUCAAGACUAACACAGAGUCAAGACCAACACAGAGUCAAGACCAACACAGAGUCAAGACUAACACAGAGUCAAGACCAACACAGAGUCAGACCAACACAGAGUCAAGACAAGUCAAGACCAACACAGAGUCAAGACAAACAAACCAACACAGAGUCAAGACUAACACAGAGUCAAGACCAACACAGAGUCCAAGACCAACACAAGUCAAGAAUAACACAGAGUCAAGACCAACACAGAGUCAAGACCAACACAGAGUCAAGACCAACACAGAGUCAAGACCAACACAGAGUCAAGACAACACAGAGUCAAGACUAACACAGAGUCAAGACCAACACAGAGUCAAGACCAACACAGAGUCAAGACCAACACAGAUCAAGACCAACAUAGAGUCAGAAACAAGAAGUCAAGACCAACACCGAGUCAAGACCAACACAGAGUCAAGACCCACACAGAGUCAAGAACCUAACACAGAGUCAAGACCAACACAGAGUCAAGACCAACACCGAGUCAAGACCAACACAGAGUCAAGACCACACAGAGUCAAGACUAACACAGUCAAGACCAACACAGAGUCAAGACCACCAAGAGUCAAGACAACACAAGUCAAGACUAACACCGAGUCCAAAACCAACACCGAGUCAAGACCAACACAGAGUCCAAGACCCACACAGAGUCAAGACCAACACCAGUCAAGACCAACACAAGUCAAGACCAACAAAAGUCAAGACCAACACAGAGUCAAGACCACACAAGAGUCAAGACUAACACAGAGUCAAGACCAACACAGGUCAAGACCAACACCAGGUCAAGACCAACACAGAGUCAAGACCAACACAGAGUCAAGACUAACACAGGUCAAGACCAACACAGAGUCAAGACCACACAGAGUCAAGACCAACACAGAGUCAAGACUAACACCAGAGUCAAGACCAACACAGAGUCAAGACCAACACAGAGUCAAGACUAACACAGAGUCAAGACCAACACAGAGUCAAGACCAACACAGAGUCAAGACAACACAGAGUCAAGACUAA